AUGAUGUCCACACAUUUCCAUUUCCCUUCCUUCAUUCAAAAGGAAACAACCGUCGAGCAAGAUGGUCUCACCUACAUGCCUGGCUGGAAUAACACCUUCUCUUCGGAAGCUUUGUCAGGCGCUCUCCCUCUCGGACAAAACACUCCACAACAAUGUGCGUAUGGUCUCUAUGCCGAACAAUUGCAAGGUACUGCUUUCACUGCUCCACGUAACGCCAAUCAACGUACAUGGUUUUAUAGAAUCAGGCCAAGUGUGGUUCAUGAGGCUUUCGAAGAUUACACGGCCAAUGAACAAUUCUCACCACUCAAUCCCAACAAGAUUGAUUUGGGAAGGGUGGUCACACCAAAACAAUUACGUUGGAGACCACCAAAGAAGCCUGAAUCGAAUGAGAAGGUAGAUUUUGUUGAUGGAUUGAGAGUGUUGGCAGGAGCUGGCUCACCACAAUUGAAGACUGGAUUUGCGAUUUUGCAAUAUCAAUUUAACACUUCGAUGAAUAAUCGUUGUAUGUGUAAUAGUGAUGGAGACUUUUUGUUUGUUCCCGAGCAAGGUGAAUUGUUGAUUAUCACUGAAUGUGGUAAACUGAGAGUCAAGCCAAAGGAAAUUUGUGUCAUUCCUCGUGGUAUCAAAUUCAGUGUGGCAUUUGCUUCGGAGAGUGAAACAUUUGCUCGUGGUUAUAUGAGUGAAGUUUAUGCAGGUCAUUUUGUUAUUCCUGAUUUGGGACCCAUAGGAGCUAAUGGUUUAGCAAAUCCAAGAGAUUUCCUUCAUCCAGUUGCUUGGUAUGAGGAUCGUGACCAAGAUGUUACUUUUGAAAUCAUUCAAAAGUUCCAAAAUCAAUACUUUAUUGCCAAAUGUUCUCAUUCACCCUUUGAUGUUGUUGCAUGGCACGGAAAUUAUGUACCCUACAAGUAUGAUUUGAGCUUGUUCAAUGUGGUCAACUCUGUGUCCUAUGAUCACUUGGAUCCAUGCAUUUUCACAGUAUUGACAUGUCAAACUCUCGAAAAGGGAACUGCUGUUUUAGAUUUUGUCAUCUUCCCACCACGUUGGAGUGUUCAAGAACAUUCUUUCAGACCACCUUACUAUCACAGAAACACAAUGAAUGAAUACAUGGGACUUAUUGAGGGUAAAUAUGAGGCUAAGGAAGAUGGUUUCGUUCCAGGAGGUGGCUCUCUUCACAAUUGCAUGAUUCCACACGGUCCAGAAGAGAAGGUCUUUGAGAAAGCAUCCAAUGCAGAGCUUAAACCAGAACGUGUCGCUGAAGGAAGCUUGGCAUUCAUGUUUGAAUCUGUCUACAUGAUUAACCCAACUGAAUAUUACAUGAACGACGUCGAAAUUGAUCAAAAGUACAAUCAAUGCUGGUCUGGAAUCAAGAAGCAUUUCAAUCCUAACAAGAAAUAA